ACAGGCGAUAUUAUCCCAGUCAGUAACGUUACAUAUCAAUGGCACGUUUGCAAAAGUGGGAGGCACAAACUUGCGGAUUUCCAGACCAUCUCUGGCGUGUCCUGCAGGUUCCAUUAGGAGAGCCUAUGAAUGCUUCAACUGCCCGGAAGGAACAUACCAUAACGAGGCUGAAAAGAAAUGCACCUCAUGUCCGUUUGGUCAGUAUCAGGACGAACGCGGUAAGAUGUCCUGUAAAUUGUGCCCAAAUGACACUACCACGGAUAGAAUUGGGGUUACCAACUCUUCUCAGUGCAGAAAAUACGAAGGUUGCGACUGUGGCAUCCACCCAUGCACCCUCAAUGGUACUGACUUCAAAUGCGACUGUCUUCCCGGAUAUGAGGACAUCAAUGGAACGUGUACAGAUAUUGAUGAAUGCGUUACUGACAUUUGUCCUACCAACUCCCGUUGUAUCAACAAAGAGGGGUCGUAUAGAUGUGAAUGCUUGCCUGGAUACAAGGGAGGGUCUUGUACUGGUAAGUACACGGAUUGGGUACCAUUCUUGAUUACAGCCAAUUGGGAACAAACGCAAUUGCCCGGUGGGCUUUGUGCAGGGGGACAGUAA